AGAUCAGUGACAAGAUAACAGAGAGAGACAGAGACAGACAGAGAGAGAGACAGAGACAGUGACAGAGAGACAGACAGAGAGAGAGACAGAGACAGCGACAGAGGGAGAGAGGUGGUGGCUGUGGUGUGCCAUAUUGACAUGGUACAUUUGGGUGAGAAGGUGUUGCUGUCUGUUGACCGUCUGUGACAAGGUCAGCUGUCCGACCCUGCAAAAUUCUUUACUUUCAGCAGUUGCCAUGGCGCCGGUGGGAGAGUUCAUGGAGUCAUGGGCAGUGUCAGUGUCGAAAUCAUUCUCUAUAGAGGUCGUUGUUUUCUCUCUGCUCUUCCUCCUCCUCUCCAUCAUCCUCCUGGCCCUCUGCACUAUCUGUGGAAGGCAAUCCUUUGAGCUUCAGGACGGUGGUGGGGAGGUGGGGAGCACCCAGUCACAGCUGAUGAGAGUGGUAAAGUUGGAGGACGCCCUGGCCGCCAGGGAGAACCCCAUGAUCAAUGACAUCAGAAAAAACGAGAGAGAUUUCAGUCACAUACCUGAAGAACGUGUCCCAGAGCAGCUUCCUGCUGAGCAGGAUGGCAUCAGGUUCAAACCCGAUCACCAAGGUGAUUCUCUAGGUGCCUUGCAGAUGGCCAACGCAACCCCUGUGGCCAUGAUGACAAUAUCUCCUCCCCCCCCCACCACCGUCGACAUCGGGGACCUGAGGGACGUCCUGAACUUCACACCCGAGCUCCACUCUAUACCAGCCCCGAUAUCCGUGGUGGAAGAUGACAGCCCCCUCGAGUCCGUACCCCCACCUGUCUAUUCAGGGGACACCCUGGAAACACCCAUCAUGAAUGUUCUUCACACCCUGGUGCUGGAUGCUCCCAUCGUGGAUCCCCUCAUCAUAGACACCCUUGCAUCUGUGGAUGCCCCCAUUGUGAACAGCCUUGAACCUGUCGACAUCCACAUUGUGAAUGACACUGACCCCUUCAAUAUCCCCAUCGUGAACGACCUUGACCUCCUGGAGGCCCCUGCAGAAUUCAGCUCUAACUUUAUCGCUCAGCUUGAAGAAGAUGGUCAGGUGGAGGGUGAGGACCAGGGGCCUUCCCCGGGGGUCCGACCCGAGCACACCUAUGAGAUCUUUGGUGAGCUCACACCUGAUGAUCCCUCUGUGGAAGUGGACCUGACAACCCCAGGCUAUCAAACCAUAGCUGAACUGGUCCACAAAUCAACCACACAGCCUGACAAUGACACAACCAUGGUCACAAUGCCAUCGGACCUGGCAAGCCCAGACUAUGAGAUCAUAGCUGAACUGGUCCAGAAAUUGAGCGCAACCACACUGCCUGACAAUGAGCCAAUAAAAACUACAGGCACAGACCCGGGGGAGGGGCUUGACCUGACAAGCCCUCUCUCAUUUGUGGAGGAGGUAGAGGAUGGUUUGAGUGACAGGGGCUGGAAUCCAAUGUAUGCCAGGGUGAGCAGGAAGCUUAGUAAGUGCCCCACCCCACCCCCUGUGCCUCCGCCAGAGGAAGAGGAGGAAUAUUUACCUCCAAUACCGGAAAGAAGAGGAGAUAUGGAAGAAUGAUCAUUGUAGAAUAUCCCUUUAGACUUUUAAAAAGCACCGCAAAUGUGUUUUAUGUACUCAAUGCUAUUUGAAUGUAUAUGCAGUGCAUUCGGAAAGUAUUCAGACCCCUUGACUUUUUGACUUUAUCAACAUUUGUUACAUUACAGCUUUAUUCUAAAAUUGAUUAAAUUGUUUUUUUCCCCCUCCUCAAUCUACACACAUUACCCCAUAAUGACAAAGCGAAAUCAGGUUUGUAUUGGUCACCUCUCUGACCAAGGCCCUUCUCCCCGAUUGUUCAGUUUGGCUGGGCGGCCAGCUCUAGGGAGAGUCUUGGUGGUUCCAAACUUCUUCCAUUUAAGAAUUAUGGAGGCCACUGUGUUCUUAGGGACAUUCAAUGCUUCAGAAAUGUGUUGGUACCCUUCUCCAGAUCUGCCUCGACACAAUACUGUCUUGGAGCUCUAUGGACAAUUUCUUUGACCUCAUGGCUUGGUUUCUUUUCCUGACAUGCACUGUCAACUGUGGACCUUAUAUAGACACGUGUGUGCCUUUCCAAAUGAUGUCCAGUCAAUUGAAUUUACCACAGGUGGACUACAAUUAAUUUGCAGAAACAAGGAUGAUCAAUGGAAACAGGAUGCACCUGAGCUCAAUUUUGAAUCUCAUGUUAAAUGGUCUAUAUAUUUAUGUAAAUAAGGUAUUUUUUGUGUGUUUUUUUACAUUUGCAAAAAUGUCUAAAAACCUAUUUCGCUUUGUCUUUAUGUGGUAUUGUGUGUAGAUUGCUAAGGAUUUUUUUAAAUGAUAAAUGUUACAAUAAGGCUAACGUAACAAAAUGUGGAAAUAGUCAAGGGGUACUUUCCAAAUGCACUGUAUACUCAACCAUCUGUGCCUUAUUUCUACACUUAUAAUAUAUCUGAUGAUGAGGGUAAGGGUUGUAACCAGUCCAAAUAGAAAGUAACACUUCCCUAUCUAAUAUACUCUUAUAUGAGACAGGUAUCUCAGUAUCCUAUCCUCCUACCAAGUAAUUGCAUUGGUUUUGCAAACGCUGUUCCAACUCAAUGCCAUGCUAUGCAUUCCAUAACGAACCCCGAGCCAGAAUAGAACUGGGUCCCUUAACAUGUACCAGAGUAGGCUGUUCCCCUGCUCAGAUGUUGCAUGCAUCAACCAAAGGUUGAGUGCCACGUCAACGACUGUGUCAUCGACUAACAGAUUGUUAUAACAUACGAUGUGGUUAGCUAAUACGUUAAAUACCUAUCCAGGUCCAAGAUCUGGCAGGCAUCAGCAACACCUAGGCAGAGGAAUGCACCCUUUAUGUCUGUAUGUACUAACACAUUACAGCGUGACAUGGCAAUUACACAAUUAUAAAUCUAGGAGUUUUUGUUUCUUUGAGAUUCAUUCAACUGGCUCAACUAAGACUCUCUCUCUCUAGAAUUACAAACGUAAUACUAUAAUGACUAUACUGGUGCAUUCUUAAUAAAUCAUGCAUGUAUAUUAAUAAAUUAAAUGGACAUCAAAACAAUAUAAUAGCCAUAGCUAGUUUAUUUAUUUAUUCAAAUCUUUCCAUGUGAGGUAUAAUAAAUCAUUUAAAUGUUUUGUUUAACUAGGCAAGUCAGUUAAGAACAAAUUCUUAUUUACAAUGACGGCCUACGGGACUCCCAAUCACAGCUGGUUGUGAUACAGCCUGGAAUCAAACCAGGGACUGUAGUGACGCUUCUAGCACUGAGAUGCAGUGCCUUAGAGAGCUGCACCACUCGGAAGUUCAUCCUACUUGGGAUUUAUGGACUAUGUAAAUCUGUGUUGUAAAAUGUUCAUUUUCAUUAUUAGAACAUAUAAGCAGAUUGAAAUACAAGAGGACAGAUGUAAUAAAGAGUAUUUAGUA